UCGGAGCCAACGACAAGAAUGAAGAAUAUAUAAUGGCGCGGGGCGAGAGUCGCGAGAGGUUAACCUAACCUAACCACCGACCUAACCAUCGUCCUGACGCGACAUUUCUUCCCGAACGUUCGGGACGGGCAUUGGCGCGUUCAUGCGACGUUGUAUAAACAAAAUAAUGGUAACGCGCACCGUAAUUUUGGCAUCGUCGAUCUCGCGUAAAUUCGUAAUAUUUCUUUUUCCAUUUUUCUUCGGACAUCACCUCGACUUCUCUCGCGACAAUUCAGUCCCGGCGUAUCGUUGUUUCGCUCUAUCGACAGUAACAUGGUAGGUGUGCAUCUGUACGACUCGACGAUCUGCCGUUUAUGCGCGGCGGACAACGGCAACGAGCAUCUGUUCGUCAGCGAGGCAGGCGAGUCGGAUCUCUGCUCGCUGGUCAACCGUUAUUUACCGCUGAAGAUUCACGACGAUGGGAAAUUACCACAGACAAUUUGUCCGGGCUGUAACAUCCAACUGGAAGCGACAGCGCAAUUCUUUGAGUUAUUGGUGGCUGGUCAGCGCAAAAUACGCGAACUUUGGAAACACCAGGUCGAACAGCAGCGCAAGACAGAACGCUCGCGCAAUCGAAAGGAAAAUGCGGAGUUUGGGGCGGAUGGAGUGGAAAUGGAUAGUAUGGCUCAAUAUAAUCAGGAUGAGCAACAUGAGCAACAAAUGAUUAUUAAAAUUAUGCCAGAUGGAUCUAUGUACACAGCGGAGCAUGAAAUGAGUUUGCAGAUGGAAGGCUUGACUAAGCCAAGAAGAAAACGCGGACGUCCACCUAAAGUACCCGCAGAUGCAGAUUCUAUGGUGACAAAAGAGAAUUCUGCAGAAGCUGUGAGUCAAGGCGAAGAGGAUAAGCAGGAGGAAGAAGAAGAGGUGGAUGGCGAUGGUAGACGCAGAAGAAAGCGCAAAGUUCCCAAAAGAUUUCUAGAAGCGGUACAAGGCAAAGAAUUGGAAAGGAUAUUCAAGGAGGAAGGUGUGAUCGAUGAGGAGGACGAUAAUGAUUCCGAAUUAUUUGACGAUCCAGAAGAUUUGUUGAAAGCUUCCAGCCAGGAUGGUCAGGAAGAAAUAAUAGGUCAUCUCGAAACCGAAGAGGGUACAGACUUGGGUGAGGUGGUGAUUGUGAACCGUGGACGAAUACGACCGAAAUCAAAACUGCGCCGUCGUAAAAAUAAGUUCACGUGCCAACUCUGCGGCAGGGGUUUCCUACAACGUAGCAGAUACAUAGUACAUAAGAGUUUCCAUAAGAGUGGCAAGCACGAGUGUACACAAUGCAAGAAGCAGUUUGACAGUAAAGAUAAUCUGGAACUGCACCAAAAGACUCAACAUAAUUCAAAUCCCACCAAGGAAAAUAUUGAGGCGCAGGAGCCACAUGAGACGCCCAGCACAGAGCAGAGCGCUUCCACGGUGACACUCGAGAUAGCAGGAGGUUCCAGAAAUGCGAAUUACAAGUGCGAAAGAUGUGACAAGCAAUUUGGACUGAAGCAGGAGUACGAAUUGCAUGUGAAGGUGCACGAGCAGCAGGAGUUCAUCUGUAACACGUGUAACAAAACUUUUACAAGUCAAUCGGAUUUGAAGACGCACAUGACAACGCACGGGAAAGUCAAAUCGGAUAAGGACUACGCUUGCGAUAUCUGCGGCAAGGUACUAAACCAUCCGAGCUCCGUCUUGUAUCACAAGGAAGCCGAGCACAACAACGGGCGUCGUUUCGUCUGCAACAAAUGCAACAAAAGUUUCAAGCACAAACAGUUGCUUCAGCGCCAUCAGCUGGUGCACUCGGACAAUCGGCCGCACGCCUGCAAGUUUUGUAACUCCAGCUUCAAGACGAAGGCAAACCUGAUUAAUCAUCAGUCCACUCACACGGGACACAAGAAAUAUGUCUGCGAGAUUUGCAAGCAACAGUUCGCGCACAAGACUAGUCUCACUUUGCAUUACAGAUGGCACAGCGGUCAGAAACCGUACACCUGCUCGGUAUGCCAGAAGAGCUUCUCGCAGAACGGCAAUUUGCAGGAACACAUGCGCAUUCACACCGGCGAAAAACCGUACAGUUGCCACUUCUGCGGUCGGAAGUUCACCACGUCGUCGCAAUUCAAGCUGCACGUGAAACGGCAUACCGGUGAGCGACCGUGGAAAUGCGAGUUCUGCGCAAAGACCUUCUUACACAAGGACACGUGGAAGUGUCACGUGCGCCGACACAAGGGAGAACGGCCGUUCCAGUGCAGCCAGUGCAACCGUAGAUUCACAGAGCAGUGGGCGCUGAAGAAACAUAUUCGCUUGCACACAGGUGAAAAGCCUUAUUCUUGCGACGUGUGCGGUAAAGCUUUCGCCGACUGUUCAAAUCUGACAAAACACAAAAAGGUACACAGAGAAAACAAGAUAGUAACUGUGAACAGAUCGGAUGAAGGAUCCCCGAUCGGCGAGGUAUGGCAAAUUCUGCCGAAUUCACGAGGGAACGAACAGACGUUAAAUGAUCAAAUUAUAACCACUGACGAGACGUCCAAUGAUGGAGUUCAACAGAUAAUUUAUGUAUCUUACCAGGAUCCUGACGAUCCUAAUCAAUCGCAAACACUACAUUUAGUGGACGCUAACAUGAUUAAAAACAAAGACGAGAUCACGGUAAAUGCGAAUUCCUUGUCGCGUUUGGAGAGCAACGAAAUCAUUACUAAUAAAAUUACGAAUAAUAUGGUCAAUAACAACGAGGAACAGUCAGAAAUCGAAUUAUCGGAAUCGGAUUUGCAGUUGCAGAUCACGGAUGAACACGGAAAUCCGAUUCCCUUGACCAUUCAAGAGGCUCGACAACUUUUCUCGCAGGGACAUUUUGUCAGCCAAUUGAACGACAGCCAGAUCAUUAGGGUUCACCCUGGAAUGUUCGCCCAACAACUCCAAGCCUUAAAUAUCCAUGUCGACGAAGAUACUAUGGAAGAAAGCGGAAUUUUGGUGCGUCCGAGUGCGACCAAGAGCAUCGAGUCGAUGUCGGCAAUUCAAGCCGACGCGGAAGCAAUUGUUCAGGCACUUGAGGACGAGGAUACCGACGCGACGGCCGUUGCGACGAUCAAUCAGCUGGGGAAUAUCGAGCAGGCUGAACUCGCGGAUGGUGAACAAGCGAUCGAAUUCACGACGCAGGAUGGACAGAAGGUCCGCGUCCUAACGACGUAUCCCGUCGAUCCGAUGCAGCUCACUUCAGAGUAUUUGACUAUUGUAUAAUGACUUGACUAUUGUAAAGGAAAGUUAGAUAAUGCGUUCGUGACCGAUGCAUUCUCUCCUGUGAAUAUCUCGAUUAUCGGAUCUUUAGAGAUUUUUAAUGCAAAAGAUUUCAAAAGAUGAUUUGACAUCUUCGCUAAAUUUUGACACGAUCCUGUUAAAAAUUCACAAUUUUGCUACUCAUAAUGUUUCUACUGAAGUUAAUAGAGUCGAAAUUAUAGCGGAGCUGCUACGUCCAAGCACAAAAUUCUUUAAAUCACCACAAGAUCGCUCGAAGAUUGCUUUAGAAUCCUUACAAUUCUGGUUUUAGAUGCGAUUAACGAUUCAUAUGUUAUACCGUGUGUACUUAAGUAUCGGAGUAUAUGGGAAAUGGUACAGGUAUACAGGGUGUCCGGUACACUAAAUGGCAAAGCGCUCGUGUGAUAGAUAGAGCGAACUAAAUUGAAAAGUCCUGUACCAUUUUGCAAUUUUCUCAACAGUUUACGACAAAUUAAUUACUAAAGUCUACUCGUCGAAUAAGCGUUGCUUUAGUAGCGGACAUCUUGUAUACAGGAUGUACAUUUAUAGAGCGUGUUUCCUCAAGAAAAGGAUUUUCACAUGAGAAAAAGAACAAAUUUAAAAAGGUGGAAAAUUUCACAAAUUGAACAACUUUUGUUAAGUAACUCGUGUCCGGGAAUCUUAGGUCUCUCUAAGGCGUCAGUUUUUGGCCUUGCUGAACGCUACUUAAUUGCUGAAAGAUUGGAUUUAAAAAAUAUGAGAUUAGAUUUUAAAAAAUUGUUUUUAAAUUAAUUUUUUUUUUUUUAUUGCAAUGAAAGGCUUCAGUCCCACCGUUGCACAAUUACCAUCAACAACAUUUGAUGACAAUUGUUGCCUAGUACACCUUAAGGAGGCGUCGCCGGAUAUACAUUUUACUCAUCCUUUUAAGUUUGUUGUUACUUUUCGGAAAUUAUCCAUAUACUGAUGUAUGUAACGGUACAUUUUUCAUACACUGAUAUAUGUAUAAAUUCACGAGUUAAAUUGAUUCAAAAUACUCGUGUGUACAUAUAUAUAGUCUGAUAUAUUCUAUUGUAGGAUAGUGUGGAAAUGUUCUUUUAUAUUCAGCCACAUUAAUGUAAAUUAUGAUGAAAUUUUGGUUUAUUACGUAACGUUGUACAUACGACAUUAUUAUUAUACUCGUUAGAUAUAGUAAAGGAGAAAGAGCAUUUGAAUUUAUGUGAUAAAGAUACUUCUCUCCCUCUCGUUUUGUAACCAAGCCUAUCAAACCUCUCAAUAAAUCUCAACCUUUUUUUUCAAAAA